AUGGACGUUCCCGACGAAGGUGUUUUAGAUGUGGAUUUACUCCCUGACGAUGGAUCAGACGAUGAAGGUGAAGCGCCGCCGUCCUCUGAUUUUUAUGCUGGACCAGGGUCAACUCCAACAUCAUGUGCAUCAUCUCCACGCGGAGAAGAGCCUGCUUCCCCUCAUGGUGCUGUGGCACAACCAGCUUUUUUUCAUCAUCAACCAUAUAGUAGGCCAUUCUUUUCAUCCGGGCGAAGAGGUCCAGGCAGGCCAAGGAAAGAGGGCGCUAAGUUAGCCCGCGAAGGCAAGAUUGUAAGAAGGUAUAGGGGAAAUCCAGGUUCCGUAAGAGGUGCAAAAAGGCACCGAAGUAGUCGUGAUGAUGCUUUAGAUGAAAUUAUGGAUGAAGAUGACUUUACAAUGCCAGCACCCGAAGAUCCACCAUAUAUGCCUGAAAAAUGGCCUGGAAAAAUUUGUGCACUUUGUAAUCUAAGUGAGAAAAGUCAACUUGGGCAGGGAGAAAUGAGGCAAAUAACAUGUAACAUUGAAGAGGUCGAUGGCAGUUCAACACCAACUGUAACUAAUUCUGGAGGCACCACCCCCACAAGUGUCUCAACACCAAGCACACCAGCAUUACCCAUGCUUCAUGGCCUAUCAUCUCCACCUCCAGAGCCUGUUGACCCAAUGCAACAACAUUUAGUUCUACCACUGAGUAGGCGACAGAAGGCUUUUAAUAAAUGCAAGACACCGCUAUAUAAUAUGGAGCACACUGAUGAACUCUCCAUUAUUGGAUACUCGGAAAUUCUUGAACUUACAGCAGUUGUUUCUUCUGGAUCUAUGUAUGUCCAUCGUUGCUGUCUAGAAUUUAGCCCACCAUUUCAGGAACAGGUUGCGGCAGCCUCUAAUUCCGAUGAAGAUAAAAGUCAAUUAGAGGAAGCCAGAGUUAAAGGCAUUGUAACUAAUGCCUUGUCAAGGAAGUGUGCAUUUUGUCAAAGACAUGGUGCCAGCAUUCCGUGUAAGAUGAGCUGCAGUAAAUACUUUCAUUUGCCCUGUGUCCUUGCAUCCGGAGGGUUUAUGGAUUUUCAUACUAAGUCUUCUUUCUGUAAAGAUCAUUUAUACCAAGUCCCCCUUGUGUGUACUGCGGACAUUGACUGCAGAACUUGUAGGACUAUUGGCGAUAUUUCCAACCUCAUGACGUGCGUAACUUGCGGCGGUCAUUUUCACGGCACGUGCGUUGGCCUGGCACAGUUGCCUGGCGUGCGCGCGGGGUGGGCGUGCCGCGCGUGCCGCGUGUGCCAGGUGUGCCGCGGGCGCGCGCCGGCGGGCGACGCGGCCGCGCAGCCCGACGCGCGCGCCGUGGCCUGCGAGCACUGCGACAAGCUCUACCACGCCGCCUGCCUGCGCCCCGUCAUGGCCACCGUGCCCAAGUACGGCUGGAAGUGCAAGUGCUGUCGCGUGUGCUCGGACUGCGGCGCGCGGUCGCCGGGCGCGGGCCCGUCGUCGCGCUGGCACGCGCACUACACGGUGUGCGACUCGUGCUACCAGCAGCGCAACAAGGGCUCCUUCUGCCCGCUGUGCCGCCGCGCCUACCGCGCCGCCGCCUACCGCGACAUGAUCCGCUGCACCGCCUGCCGGAGGUAUGUACACGGUGCUUGCGAUCCUGAAGCAGAACCGCAGCAGUAUAGGCAAAAAAAAGAUCAAAAUCCUGCCUAUGAAUACAACUGCCCCAUUUGUAAAGCACACAUGCAAUUGACUGGCUCCAAGUCUGGUUCAUUUGAAGACGAUAGCUUACCGCAGAGUGGACAAGAUUCAUCAUAUGGCGAUGAAAAUUCACAAGAGCAGGAUCCUCUUGCUAUAGAGCCAAAAGGUGAUGUAGGUCUGGGAAAAGGAAAACCAUUUUCUGUGUCAUCAAAAGUGGCGAAGAAAAAGAUUGGCGGUUAUAAACUCAAGGGCGGGUACCCUCCCGCUGGUAAGCUGGGCUUUCAUAAGCGGCAAAGAUCUGUUCUAGAAUUUGGACGGAAGAGAGGCUCCAAGCCUAAAAUGAGAGGCGUGUUUGGAGUACCAGGGCUGGGCUUGCAAAGGCCUCAAGCACCAGAUAAUAAAACUCAAGAAGAUGAUCCAGGUGUAGAAAAUAAAUUAGUCUUGUGUUCGAGUAAAGACAAGUUUGUGCUAACGCAAGAUUUAUGCGUAAUGUGUGGCGCUAUUGGGACGGAUUCCGAAGGCUGCCUUAUUGCUUGUGCGCAAUGCGGACAAACAUAUCACCCUUAUUGUGUUAAUAUUAAGGUGUCGCAGGUGAUCGUGCGGCAGGGCUGGCGCUGCCUGGACUGCACGGUGUGCGAGGGCUGCGGCACGCGCGGCGACGAGGCGCUGCUGGUGCUGUGCGACGACUGCGACACGGCGUGGCACACGUACUGCGCGCGGCCGCAGCUGGGCGACGUGCCGCGCGGCGCCUGGCGCUGCGAGCGCUGCCGCCGCUGCCUCGUGUGCGGCACGCGCGACACGCGCGCCUGGCGCGACAACUACACCGAAUGCGCCCCUUGUGCUUCGUUAGUGAUGUGCUGCGUGUGCUCGGAACCUUACUCAGAUGGCGAGUUGAUUAUACAAUGCGAGACGUGUCGCCGUUGGCUACAUGCUUCCUGCGACUCAAUACGUAAUGAAAACGAUGCUGAGAUAUGCUGUCGUGCAGGGUACAAGUGCGUGAUGUGCCGCGGGCGCGAGGUGCCGCCGCCGCACGUGGCGCAGGUGGCGGCGGCGCAGGCGGCGGCGGCGGCGGGCGGCGCGGCGGGCGCGGGCGCGGGGGGCGCACGUAGCAGCGCCGCGCCGCGCCUCACCGCGCAGGCGCUGGGGCUGGCGGGCGAGUACUACGUGGACGACGUGUGCCUGUCGCAGCGCGGCGCGCACCACAUGAAGCAGCUCGAGGCCGACAUGGGCAUCACGCACACGCGCCGCAAGCGACGCUUCAAGAACGACAACCAAGACAAGGACGCCGAAAUAAUGGCAUCUAUUGAAACAGUGGUUCAGAAUGCUGACAACGAGUUGGCUGAGGAUUCCAAACCAGACAGCACCGCUGAAGUGAAAGAUGAACCUGGUUUGUCAUCAAACACAAAUCACAAAGAGGGCACGCUUUGGAAUGUGGCAAACGACGGCCCGCCACCCGAAGGCUUUACAGUAUAUACUAUAGAAUCUGGACUGACGGUUUUACGCAGAAAGCGCCAGAGAAACCUUAACAAGCUUGGUAUAGGCGGCUUCGUAGUUAGGCAGAGACAGACAACCGUAAAAGCACAAGCCGACGAGGAGAAGGAUGGAGAUGGCACUCAGGCGUCUGGAGAAUCACCGAGUAACAAGCGAAAGCCACGUCGGAAACCACGUUCGAAGUUGAUGGAACAGUUUCCAUCUUACAUGCAAGAAGCGUUUUUCGGAAAAGAGUUACUAGAGCCCGUCAAGCCAGCUGUUAGUUCUACUGGCAAUAAUCCUUCAGAAAGUCCCGGUGGGUCAGUGCGUGCUACUACACCGGAGGGCUACCGAGAGCUGCGCGACUUCAAGCUUGAUUUAGAGAAUUCAGACAGUGAAGGCGAGGAUGUCCUUGCCGCUUUAACUACUUUCAACGACAACGACACUUCAUUUGUUAUUUCUCUAAAUACGGAAGAAAUAGAGCUCCUGAAUUCCUUAAAACCAAAAGAAGAAAAAGAUGAUUCAUCUACUAGCUUGAACUCUGAUGGUACUGCAAAAAUUAAACUUGAAAAUCCCGAGGAUGGGCAUUUAAAACAUACUGAGGAUUCUACAGCAUUGAAGAAUGCAAUUCUUGGUCCACAAACAAAUGAAUCUGAACAACCUUCGACGGCUACACCAGAAAAUAUACCUACAGUACACAGCACCAAAACUGAAACUGUCAGUAGUGAAACGGGUGGAUCAUCUCAAGGAUCAACAAUUUCACCCAAAGACGACUUAUCGCUAUUGGGAGUGAACCUGGACGCGAUGGUAAGGGACACGCUGCCUGAUAUGGAUGGCAAUGAUGUUGAUGAGAUAUUUAAAGGCGUGCUGACUGAUGACUCUCAGGAGUCUCAGGAAUCAUCUGUAUCCUAUGUGAACUCUAUGGCAAGCACGCCAUACUCCCAGCAAAGGCAACAGUUGCAAAGUCCUAUGGAUUAUGCAUCACCAUACCACACUGAAUUCGGUAGCAGCAGCAACAGUGCGCUGAGCCCGCUGUUCUCGGAGUGCGGGUCGGGCGGCUGGGGCGAGCAGGCGGCCGCGCCGCCGCCCUCCUACAACCAGCGCAGCGCCGACAAGAUGCGCGCCGACGAGAGUGAGUGUCCCUCGCCCCCACGCCCUCCUGUAGUGCAGCUGUCCUCGCAGUGCGGGUCGGGCGGCUGGGGCGAGCAGGCGGCCGCGCCGCCGCCCUCCUACAACCAGCGCAGCGCCGACAAGAUGCGCGCCGACGAGAGUGAGUGUCCCUCGCCCCCACGCCCUCCUGUAGUGCAGCUGUCCUCGCAGUGCGGGUCGGGCGGCUGGGGCGAGCAGGCGGCCGCGCCGCCGCCCUCCUACAACCAGCGCAGCGCCGACAAGAUGCGCGCCGACGAGAGUGAGUGUCCCUCGCCCCCACGCCCUCCUGUAGUGCAGCUGUCCUCGCAGUGCGGGUCGGGCGGCUGGGGCGAGCAGGCGGCCGCGCCGCCGCCCUCCUACAACCAGCGCAGCGCCGACAAGUUGCGCGCCGACGAGAGUGAGUGUCCCUCGCCCCCACGCCCUCCUGUAGUGCAGCUGUCCUCGCAGUGCGGGUCGGGCGGCUGGGGCGAGCAGGCGGCCGCGCCGCCGCCCUCCUACAACCAGCGCAGCGCCGACAAGAUGCGCGCCGACGAGAGUGAGUGUCCCUCGCCCCCACGCCCUCCUGUAGUGCAGCUGUCCUCGCAGUGCGGGUCGGGCGGCUGGGGCGAGCAGGCGGCCGCGCCGCCGCCCUCCUACAACCAGCGCAGCGCCGACAAGAUGCGCGCCGACGAGAGUGAGUGUCCCUCGCCCCCACGCCCUCCUGUAGUGCAGCUGUCCUCGCAGUGCGGGUCGGGCGGCUGGGGCGAGCAGGCGGCCGCGCCGCCGCCCUCCUACAACCAGCGCAGCGCCGACAAGAUGCGCGCCGACGAGAGUGAGUGUCCCUCGCCCCCACGCCCUCCUGUAGUGCAGCUGUCCUCGCAGUGCGGGUCGGGCGGCUGGGGCGAGCAGGCGGCCGCGCCGCCGCCCUCCUACAACCAGCGCAGCGCCGACAAGAUGCGCGCCGACGAGAGUGAGUGUCCCUCGCCCCCACGCCCUCCUGUAGUGCAGCUGUCCUCGCAGUGCGGGUCGGGCGGCUGGGGCGAGCAGGCGGCCGCGCCGCCGCCCUCCUACAACCAGCGCAGCGCCGACAAGAUGCGCGCCGACGAGAGUGAGUGUCCCUCGCCCCCACGCCCUCCUGUAGUGCAGCUGUCCUCGCAGUGCGGGUCGGGCGGCUGGGGCGAGCAGGCGGCCGCGCCGCCGCCCUCCUACAACCAGCGCAGCGCCGACAAGAUGCGCGCCGACGAGAGUGAGUGUCCCUCGCCCCCACGCCCUCCUGUAGUGCAGCUGUCCUCGCAGUGCGGGUCGGGCGGCUGGGGCGAGCAGGCGGCCGCGCCGCCGCCCUCCUACAACCAGCGCAGCGCCGACAAGAUGCGCGCCGACGAGAGUGAGUGUCCCUCGCCCCCACGCCCUCCUGUAGUGCAGCUGUCCUCGCAGUGCGGGUCGGGCGGCUGGGGCGAGCAGGCGGCCGCGCCGCCGCCCUCCUACAACCAGCGCAGCGCCGACAAGAUGCGCGCCGACGAGAGUGAGUGUCCCUCGCCCCCACGCCCUCCUGUAGUGCAGCUGUCCUCGCAGUGCGGGUCGGGCGGCUGGGGCGAGCAGGCGGCCGCGCCGCCGCCCUCCUACAACCAGCGCAGCGCCGACAAGAUGCGCGCCGACGAGAGUGAGUGUCCCUCGCCCCCACGCCCUCCUGUAGUGCAGCUGUCCUCGCAGUGCGGGUCGGGCGGCUGGGGCGAGCAGGCGGCCGCGCCGCCGCCCUCCUACAACCAGCGCAGCGCCGACAAGAUGCGCGCCGACGAGAGCUUAGGAUCUGCAGCAACGAUUUCCGCGGUUCUCUACGCAAACACUAAUCAUCCUGAAUGGAAAACCGAGUUUCCUAACUGGGUUGACCGAUGCAAGCAGAUACUUAAAAAAUGGCGCGCUCUGCCCUCUGAACAAAAGGCACCUUACCUCCAGCGUGCUAGAGACAACCGAAGUGCGAUACGAAUGAAGAAAGCGCAACAGGAACAAGAGCGCGCGUGCGGGCAGCAGCGCAGCGCGCGCGAGGCCGAGCAGGAGCGCCAGUGGAAGCAGCUGCAGCAGAUGCGCCAGCAGCAGACGCAGCAGCAGCAGCAGAUCAUACAAGACCAGCGGAUACAAGCAGCGAUGCAGCGUAUGCGCGCGCCGGACAGUAGUCCUCCGCCGGGCACUCCCGGAGCGGGCAGCGCGGCGCCGGCAGCGCCUGCAGCGCCUCCAGCGGCUGCACCGACGACGCCCACGCCUUCCGCAGAAGCCCCACGCAGCGCCUUCCCAGCGCAGCGCUUUCCGCUGCAUUACGCGACCAACGACGACAUUAACAGGCAGCUGCGCGAUCUUCUGCAGCGACAUCCAGACAAGAUGUGGCCACCGCAGUCAAGUAGUGAAGAGGGUUCAGUCCAGAGUGUAAAUUUAGAAGGGCAACCAUUUAGGCAGCCCCUACCAGUUUCCCUACGUCCACGGGCUCCAUUGCAGCCUGGACAAAGACCUGACCACCAGUUAAUAAUGCAACAACGUAUUGUAUCAACGGACACCAAUCAAAUGCAACAAAAUAUACCCCAUCCAGUUGCACAGCAUUUGAUGGACCAGAAACAAUCGAUUCUAUCGCAAUCGAAUGCAAACCAGAGCGGAGACAAUAAGCAGGACUCCGCGCCCGAACAGGGGACUGAUGAAAUGGAUAUGGGAGAUAUGGAUAAACUAGAACAAGAUGCUGGAAAUAUUGGCGAGGUGGAUAUUCUGACGGGUCUAGGAGGCGAGGACGACGAGGCGCUACUUGAGUCUCUGACGGCGGAAAUGGGCGAGCAAUUCAACAUCCUGGAGUACGCUGACCCUGAGCUGGCGGCGCUCAACGACGCGCACCUGCUGGACGGGCUCGAGCUGGCAGACGACGUGCCGCAGUCGCACUCGCACCCGCAUGCAAAGCGGAUGCCCAAUGAUGAUAAUGAAAAUAAAACAGAGAACAAAGUUAAUAGCGAGCUUCAAAAAGCUGUACAUAAUAUAGAAACAGACAAAGUCCAAGUUAAAUCUGAAAUGGGCACAAUCAAAACUGAAAACCACGAAGUAAAACCAGAAGUCACUUCUUCCACUUCUAAUGUCGGACAAAUGUUCUCAGAAGGUGUUCACAGGGUUAUUACACAGAAUCAGCAGAUGUCUAUUCAGACGGCGAUGCAUGAAAUCAAAUCGGAGAUAAAGCUGGAAGGAGACGAAGUGAAAUCAGAAGGCGAAUGGCGCCCAGUCCAGUCCCCACAAAGGCCUGUCUUUUCGCAAAUGUUUGCCGGCGGCGUGCAGAGGCUUCAAGUACCUAUACAACAACAAAACAUAGGUCAGCGGCCGUCACAGUUCGGUCAACCCACGCAGCAAGUGAUAAGCCAACAACUUGUACAGCGAGCGCAACUGCAGCUUACUGGACAACAUAACAUGCAUUUUGCACAAAGUGCGGCGGCGAGCGCGCACACGCAGAGCAUCGUGAGUGCGAUGAGCGCGCAGGUGCAGGCGGCGCUGGCGGCGGGCCGCGCCAUCGCGCCCGGCACGCGCCUGCUGGGCGCGGACGGCGCCGUCGGCGUCGUGCGCCACGACCGCACCGUCGCGCUCGCCACGCUGCCGCACUCCGCGUCCGGGAGUGUGAGCGUGGGUCGCGCGCCGCCGCCGCCGCCGUACCCGGGCACGCUGCGCGCGCCGCCGCCGCACCCGCCGCCGCCCUACCCGCAGAACGUAAACCAGGAGCAACCGUUGCUUCUGGAGGAGCUACUGGAGCAGGAAAAGCGGGAGCAGGAGCGUGAGGGCGGCGAGUGGACUGGCGGGGGAGCGGUCGGCGUGGCGAGCGCGGUGGGCCCGGGCGCGGGCGGGGCGGGCGGGGCGAGCGGCGCGGCGGGCGCGGGGGGCGCGGGGCCCGCGAGCGCGCCGCCCGCCGUGGCGCUGUUCAGCGCUGCGCCGCCCCCCGCGCCGCCCGCGCCCCCCGAGCGCGCGCUCACCGAGGCCGACCAGCACGCGCGCCUGCUGUACGAGCAGUGGCUCGACCAGUACAACACCUUCGCCGUCGACCAGCUGCGCUACUACGAGACCGAAGUCCAAAAGCUGCGCAAGACCCGCAAGUCGCUGAACAGCAAGCAGCGUCAAUUGCGCAAAUCCGGAAAUGAACUAAUGCCCAACGACGCGGCGGCUCUUCAACAAGUCUCGACGCAACAACAGGCAUUACAAAAGCAUCUCGAAGCCGCCCGAAAGCAGGCCAGACAACACAGCAUGCUAAUUCAGGAGUACCAAACUAAACAACGCCAACAAAAUCCUCAAUUAGCUCAACAAACUGUUAUAAAUCAACAGCAAAUGACAACCAAUCAGGGUGUGUUCACUCAGAAUCAAAACGUUGGACAAUCACAGAUGCAACAGCAGUCGACUAUCAAUAGACCAAUUCAAAUUGGUCUUCAAGGAACACCGACCCAACAACAGCAGACUCUCAUCCGUACUCAACAGACCAUUUUAAAUUCUGACGGGCAGCCAAUGUCGCAACAAAGAAUCGGUCUGGUCACGUCACCGCUGAGUGGGCAAGGAAGAAUUGUGCAGGGCGGGCGGACCCUCGUAAUAGAGCAGUCGGGGUCGGCGCAGCAGCAGCUGGUGAGGCAGCUGUCGGGCGUGCAGGAGCGGGCGCAGUUCGGGCAGCAGCAGCUGGCGGCGCGCGCCGCCAUGUCGCCGCUGCACGUGCAGUCGCCGCACGCGCAGUCGCCGCACCAGCUGGCGCCGCACUCGCCGCUGCACCACCUGGCCUCGCCCAUGCAGUCGCCGCUGCACUCGCAGCCGUCGCCGCUGCACCACGCCGCGCAGUCGCCGCUGCAUCCGUCGACGCAGUCGCCGCUCCAUACGCAGCAGUCGCCGCUGCACUCGCAGCAGUCUCCGAUGCACGCGCAGCAAGCGCAGCAGGCACAACAGGCGCAGAAUUUGCCGCACCAGUCGCCGGUACACCAGUCGCCGCUUCACGCGCAGCAGCAAAUGUCGACGCAACAUUCGCCGAUGCACCCGCAACAGAGUCCGAUGCAUCCGCAACAGAGUCCGAUGCAUCCGCAACAGAGUCCGAUGCAUCCGCAGCAGAGUCCGAUGCAUCAUCAGCAGAGCCCUAUGCAUUCGCAACAGAGCCCGAUGCAUAUUCAACAGUCGCCGAUGCACACGCAGCAAUCGCCGAUGCAGACUUCGAUGUCUCCUCAACACUUUCUUCAACAACUGCAAGCACAAAGAACUAGUCCACAAUUACCGACGCCCAGCCGCAGUCCGCAGAUUUAUCAACAGUCACAAAUUCAAAGCCCAGUUGCUUCGCACUCGCCACAGCUUCAGACUAAUGAUUACACUGCGGGCAGAUUUUCAAGACCUGUUCCAGGUUGCUCACCAUUACCAACACGUUUUGCAAGACCUCCGCAACAUCAACAGGGCAUGAGAGUUUCCUUUGGCAAUCGGCAACAAACUUCUCCAUUAGGCAGUCCACAGCCUUUGCCGUCGCCCGGCAACACAGCUAAUGAGAUGACUCGACAGCAGCUACUCCAGCGACAGCAGUACAGUCCGAUGGGUGCGGCGCCCGCGUCGCCGUCGCUAGCGCGAUCGCCGCACGUGGCGCGCACGCCCACGCCGUCCGCGUCGCCCGCCGCGUCGCCCGCGCCCGCGCCCCACCCCGCGCCGCACCCCGAGCACGGCGGCGGCCAGCACGCGCACGCGGCGCCGCUGCCCUCGCUGCACGGCCACGGCGGCGGCUUCCGCCACAACGCGACGCCGCUUCCGCCCGGCUACCGCUACUUCAAGCCCGGCCUCUUCGGCGGCGCGCCCGUCUGGCCGAAGGACGAAGACAGGCGCCAUCCCGCGCACCUCAGUAAGGUCUCAAUCGUCAAGAGGCGAACGCCUCCUAGACAGAGAUUUACAGGGAAGACGGCCGCACCCCGCUCCGAGAGCCGUACAGACGACAUGGGAGAGACGAGCGACGGGAGAAAAUAUGUACUGUAUGCGGACGGAAUCGAUUACACCCAAACUUCGGACGACUCCGCUCGCAUGAGUUUCUCAAAGGACGAUAACGACGAUGAAAUUGAAGAGUUCGUGGAGCAUUUGGACGACGAUGACAUAGUCGUCGUUGAACCUGGGGCCAUAUCUCCCGAGGAACGCAUAGCUACCGAAGAAGACUUUGAGGAGUUAAUCGACAGCGGCAAACCUGAAGAUGAGGCAGAAGAAGAAACAUCUCAACAAGAAAAAUGUUCCACUAGGACCGAAACUACUACAAAAACUGUUGCAGUUAUUAGCCUCGCUACUGCUAAACAGCCGUCAGCGAGCAUCCAACAGUAUAAAAGAGUUAAUCCGUCACAGGGCUCAACACUUUCACGAAUACCAGUAUUGAGUGCUACGGUGCUAUCUCCGCACACUAAUUCAAAAAUUAUCAAUGAAGUGUCACAAGCGACUGUUGCCUCAGUUUCUAUAGCCAACCAGACUAUCUCUGUACCGGUCUUGAAAAAUCUCGCAGUUCCCAUUGCAAGUGUAACUGGACACGCUGGAGGACCCAAGCCUCAGAUAAAAAAAGUUCCUCUUAAUCUCACAAAUUCUCCUUUGACAGUUAAUAUGUCAUCUCAGUCCCUUUCUAAACCGAUAAGUUCAGUUAUUAGUGUAAUAUCGUCCAACGUACCAAAAGUUGCGAACUUAAAUCCCGUAAUUACACUUGCGACUUCGAAUACCGGUAACACCAGACUUCCGGUAUCGAUUUUAACGCAACAUCAGGUUAAACAAAAGAUAGUAAAAACAAUUGAAAAACCGAUGGCAUUAUCACUGUCUAAUUCGAAACUUUCUAGCUUGUCUGUAACACAUGAUGUGACUUUGCCGGCAAAAAUUUUUCAAGACGAAGCGGCCUCUCCUGAUAGUACAGUUUCCGGUGAAAAUAAUUCUGAUAUCCAGAAUCCAACUACAUCUGUAUCUUUGCUAACUCUGACAUCACAUGGAUCUUCCCAGAAAGAACACAAAACAUUAUCGAUAAUGAAAGAAACAAAUAAAGAUAUCGACAUAGAAAAUGAAAUAAGCCAACAAACGGAACUGCCGCACACGCUUUGUAUUACCGACAGAACACCGCUUCUGUUAGGAAAAGCGGAUAUAAAGAGUCCGGAUCCCAUUCCUGAAAAGAUUCCCGAUAAUAUAAUGGAAGGUGAUGAUGAAGAUAAACCUGAGGAUAACUUACAAGGAAAUUUGUUGCUGGCUUAUAAUAAGUCAAUACACGAAACACCAAUUCAGAAUACACCAGCAGAAAAUAAACAAGAUGAAAGUGUUGUGAAGACCAUAAAAGCUAUUGCUAAUCAAACCAAGGAAAUGGUUAUUGACUCAAAUAUGCAAAUAACAUCUGAUAUGGCGCAAGAUUCGGUUCAGAUAUCUAUUCCUUCACCAACACCAUCCCAAGAACGAUACCUUAAUGAUAUCACGAUGCGAGAACACUCUGAAGCGGUUGAGGGCAACUCCAAACAUGUAGAAACAUUUGAAGACAUGCUUUGUAUUUUCGAAAAUAUAGCAGAUGACUCAAAGACAUAUAGUAUGAAACAUCCAAAUCAGAAACAAAACAUGUCAAAUACUCCUAAUCAAAAUGUGAAUAUAAACACACCCUCAAAACAAGAUAGCAAAGAAGUUCAAGAACAACCAGCUUUUUUAAAACGAGAACAAGAGAAGCUGUCACUACAGUCUGCUACAGUGCCUCAAUUGUCUCCUUUGUCACAACCAGCAGAAUUAACUUCAAACAUGGCAAAUGUAUCUCAACAGUUGCGUACUAUUAUGACCUCACUAAACACGAAUACAUCGAAAAUGGAAUCUCAAAAUAUAUCUACUAUGAGAAAAUCUAAUGAUGCAACAACUCCUACGCAGGUUAACUUUGAAAAUUUAUUGCCUUCAUCCAAAGUUGAAGUUACUGCUUCGCGACCUUCUCCUGUUCAAAGAAUAGAAAAACCUACAACUUCCAUUCAAAGUUCAGAAAGUAUGUCUAUAACUGCGGCUCAGAUGAUGGGUUCACGUGUGAACACAUUAUCGUCAAUGAGCCAAUUAAGAAAAUCUCCUACUGUAUCUCCAAUAAACUCGCCAGUAGGUAUGCAGAAUACUUUAAUGAAAUCGCCUGCGCAAUCACCUCGAAUAACUAAUCAAUCUUUCAUGCAGAAUGAAGAUUCCAAUGUUGCGACAGUACCUUCGCAAGUAAUUCAAAUGCCGGCGCUAUCAAAAAUUCAUAGUAACUCUUCUGCACCAGUCUCGAUGAUUCAUUCGAACAAUACGAUUACCACUAGCGUAAGUAGUUUUCAAAAGGGCCAGCAAUUACCCACAAGUAUAUUAGGUCAUACUUUACUGCAACCUACAAGGCAGAUCAACACUAGCAAUCUUUCAUUUAAUUCUCAGAAUAUUAGUUCCAGCCAACCUCCAGCUUUAGUUAUGACAUCAAGGUCGGUAAUUGGAAGUAAAGAACCAGCGCCAAAUGUCACAGUACGGACACACGCUAUUGUUAGCCCCGGAAUGAGCCAAAUGCAAAUGAAAUGUAAUCAGUCAUCUGGCUCUAUAAAUUUCAUAACAUCAUCAAAGUUACUGCAUACACAACUGACAUCACCGUUAAAAAGAUCAAAAUCAACCGAUGAGCCAAAAAGCGAGGUUAUCGUUGGUCACAUACAACCUACGAAGAGACAUAGCGUGGAGUCGGUAAUUGUUAAAUCCGAGCCGAUGGAAACAGACGAAUCCAAUGCAACAGCAUCUUUAAAUGAGAAUACUGUGAAUAAAAACACUCAGCCAGGUACAGGUAAUCAAAGAAAUGACGAAUCUCAAAAUGUCCUGCUAAAACAAUUAUUACAAACGACAACUUCUGCGGCAACUGUAGUUCCACAGCGUACCAUGACAAUACAGAGAACGGCACCUGCUUUGGGCACUAUACCAUCCUUAGAGGCUCAAUUAGCUAGGCCAUCAAUACCACCGCCUACAUUAGCUUUGUCUCAGGAAGUUGAUAUACCGAAUAAUUCUCCAAGGCAUUUGACAACAGUGAGUUCUAAUUUUGGCAAUCGCCCGUCUAUUCCUACAUCCUCAAUUACAAUACAGACGUCAAUUCCCACAUCCUCAAUUUCACCAUUAAUUCAUACUUCAACGCAAUCUUUGAUGGAUGUUAGAAAACAACCCAUAAAAGUGAUGAACAAGGAAGAAACUACAUCAGUUCCGGAAAGUUCACCGACGAUGAAAUCAACACCAAUCUAUUCAAUGAACUUAGAAAAUCAACAGAUGCUUCAAACAAUAAAAAAGGAAGUCGCCCCACCACAACAAAGUCCGGUUCACAGACCUUUCACGCCAAUGGACGUCAAAAAAGAAUUGCUUGAUGAAAGUUCUCAACAGUCGGCAACUUCUGGUGUUUCUACAGCUUCUGAUCAAGGAAAAUUAGAUCAGCCUAUGAAAGAAGAAUAUCCUGAAAGCGUUACUAUGGAUUCGACGUCAGAAACAAAUGCACCCGAAACACCUUCUGAAGCAAAGAAACGAAAGAGGCGAGAAUACCAACAAAAGAAGCGUAAACAGAUGCAAAUGAAUAUGAAAGCGGCUGCUGAAAAUAAUUUAAACACAACCAACGCUAAGAAACGACCUAGAAAAGGCUCCAGAUAUGAAGAAGAUUAUGACACAUUUAUUGACAAUUUAAUGACUCAACUGCGACUCUUACCGCCAAUGCAAAUUCAGGAACCAACGCUUACCACAAAUUUCGCGGUUUGUCCGCUGUUUGGUUCUGGAGACUUGACUAAGCUGAAAAAUAAAGACUAUGAUAUUUUAAAAGGUGAUCUUGUUGGAGAAUUUGGUAAUGCGAAAAUACCAAAUGUAGCGGAUUAUUACAACACUAAACCAUUUGGUGAUGAAGAACCAUUACCGGAAAAACCACCAGCUUCUACUCAACGGGGCUUCUAUGAUCAAGAAUUUCAACCAAUCAUAUUUGACGAAGACCCCGAAGAUAAGAAAUUGGACUUCAUCUGCAAAGAAAGAGAUACAGAUACACCUGAUAGUAUUAUUAGCUGUUCUAGUCCUGAAGGAUUCGAAAUUGAGCCUGCUAAUAGAUUCCCUGGCUUAAGAUUUAUCGAUGACGACGAUGAAGAAGAUGACAGUGAUACGCCAUCGGGUCGAGUUUCACCUAUAAUACCACUUAUUGCGCCGAUACCUAUAAGAGUAAAACCUUUAUCUUUGUAUCAACUUAAAGAUGAAGAUGAAAAUCAAAAAUCAAUUAAGAGCAUUGACACUGAUUCUCCGCUAAAGAGUAAAAUAGAUGAUUCUCCAGGAAGUACAGAAAGCAAUGAGAAUGUUACAGUCACAUUAACAUUAACUUCGGGAGCCGCUGAAGAUAUUCUAGGUGUGCUAAAAGAACUGGCUGGCAUACUUCACAUACCGCCUCCGACGUCAUAUCAAAUCAUUGAAAGAACUGCUACACCACCUUCACAUAAACUAGGACUUUAUAGAUCUAAGGGAAAGGAUGGUAAAGAAGGAACUCCUAUCGAUAUUCAGAGUAUUUUAAAUGGAGCAGCAAAAUUCUGUCGGCAUUGUGACGUGGUUAUAUUAGAUUCAGUGGUCCGUGCAAAGGCUUCAGAAUUUCCUCUACUGUCAGCUAAUAAAGGCAACGCUGAAGAAAUCCUUUGUGAUAGCGAUUCUGAAUUAUAUUUUUGCAGUACACAGUGUUAUGAAAGAUUCGCGUGGCGGCCAACUAAUAUUAUCCUUGAUGGAAAAUCUAAAACUAACAUCAAGGAUGAAAAUAAGUCUGAUAUUGAGAACAAUUUGUCAAAAGACAGAGACGAUUUUGACACAGCAUCAACAGAGAGUAUGGAAACGGAUGAUUUGGAUAUUAAGCCUGAUAUUAAAGAUGAAAAAAUGGAUCUUUCGUUUAUCGAUUCCCUAGAUAACGACGAACUGAUGAAGGAAGUUGGAGAUGACGUUAGUGCUUUAGAUGAAGACUUGAAGAGCGAAGAGCAAGAUGAGAAAAGUAACCAAAGCGUUGAAAGGGAAAAAUACAGGGGUAUUCGAUACAAAGCGUGGUCGCCGGGAUGUAUUGGUCCACCGGUUAAAUACAAGCGUCCUACAGACAGAGAGCUUACAGAGUUAGUGUUCAAAACGGGUGUUGCUAUCAUGCCAGUCACUAAUGAAGAUACGCGUAAAUGUGAGCUGUGUGGUAUACAGGGCGAUGGUGUCGGUGACGGUGUAUCGAGACUGUUGAACUGCGAUGUUGACAGAUGGAUACAUCUCAAUUGUGCGUUAUGGUCAGAAGGCGUGUACGAAACCGUGAGUGGAGCAUUAAUGAAUGUAGAUGGCGCUCUCGUUGCGGGCAUGAGCGCUACAUGCGCAGUCUGCAGAAGACUCGGCGCGACUGUUAGAUGCUUCAAGGUGCGCUGCGGUAGCGUCUACCACCUGGGCUGUGCCGUCAAAGAUAACUGCGUUUUCUAUAAAAACAAAACUGCAUUCUGCGCCUCGCAUGCUCCUAAGAACGAGAAAGACAACGAGCUGACGACGCUGAGCGUGCAGCGGCGCGUGUUCGUGUCGCGCGACGAGCAGCGCCAGGUGGCGUCGGUGAUGCUGCACUCGGACGCCAACCACCUCAUCCGCGUCGGCGGACUCAUCUUCCUCAGCCCCGGCCACCUGCUGCCGCACCAGCUGCCCGCCUUCCACACGCCCAACUACAUAUACCCCAUCGGAUACAAGAUCGUGCGCUUCUACUGGUCGAUGUCGCGCGCGAACAGCCGCUGCCGUUACGUGUGCUGGAUCUCGGAGGAGGAGGGGCGGCCGCGCUUCCACGUGCGCGCGCAGGACGAGGCGCGCCGCGAGCUCAGCGCGCCCACGCCGCGCGCCGCCUGGGCCGCCGUGCUAGACGCGGUUGCGGCGUUACGUGAAAAUCGCGAAGAAGAGGGCGUGUUGAAAUUGUGGCCCAACUAUGUCACUGGAGAAGAUUUAUUUGGUCUUACCGAGCCCGCCGUCGUACGUGUACUUGAGAGCUUACCUGGCGUGGAGACGCUGACGGACUACCGGUUCAAGUUCGGGCGGUCGGCGCUGCUGGAGGGCGGGCUGGCGGUGAACCCGUCGGGCUGCGCGCGGUGCGAGGCGCGCGCGCGCUGCGCGUGGCGGCGCAGCGCGCGGCCGCGCCCGCAGCCGCCCGCCGCCGCGCACGCGCCGCACGCGCCGCCCGCGCCCGCGCCCUCGCCCGCGCCCAUGCCCGACUACCCCGCCUGCCCCUACUCCAAGCAGUUCGUGCACACCAAGAGCUCGCAGUACAAGAAGAUGAAGCUCGAGUGGCGCAACAACGUCUACCUGGCCAGGUCUAAAAUUCAAGGAUUAGGCUUGUAUGCGGCACGUGAUUUAGAAAAACAUACAAUGGUCAUAGAAUAUAUCGGCGAAAUUAUUCGCUCAGAAUUAUCUGAAAUACGUGAGAAGAAAUAUGAAGCCAAGAACCACGGCAUCUACAUGUUCCGGCUGGACGAGCGGCGCGUGGUGGACGCGACGCUGAGCGGCGGGCUGGCGCGCUACAUCAACCACUCGUGCCAGCCCAACUGCGUGGCCGAGACCGUCGAGGUGGACCGCCAGCUGCGCAUCAUCAUCUUCGCCAAGCGCCGCAUCGCGCGCGGCGAGGAGUUGGCUUACGACUACAAGUUCGACAUAGAAGACGACGCGCACAAGAUAAUGUGUAUGUGCGGAGCUCCCAACUGUCGCAAAUGGAUGAACUAA